AUGUGUUCCCUUCACUUCACUAAUAAGAUUCUCAAAAGUGUACCAGUUGAAGAAGAUGUUAUAAUCAUAGACCCUAAUGCACAAUGGCAAUGGUAUAGUGAUAAAGGAUGGAUAAAUUAUGAAGAUAAACAAAAUAAAUUAAUUGAGGAAUCUUAUGCUAAACACCUUAAAGUUAUAGAAAUAGAUGAAGAACGUUUUGUUGACUUCGCUACUAUGAAACAACGAAGAAUUGAUAAUCCUUCAAAGUGUAGAAGAAUACAACGAAUUUCAACGAACAAUAAACCAAAAACAUCUCCCAUUAUUCCUAUUAACAAAAAGACACCUUCAAUACCUUCUCCUAAACCUACUUCCUUGCCUAACAUAGUAACUCAAAAAAAAUACACAACUGUCAGAAAUACCUACCUUCAACAACCUUCAAAUAAUAUUAUUACUAAACAAAAUUUUUUACAUUGCGUUAAUAUUCCGAAGGCUUCAAUUCCUGUCACCCCUGUUGUAAACAAAACAUCGUUCAUAACUAAAACAAAUACUUCUUCACCUUCUCUAUUUAAAACUCAAUUCACUCAAAUGAACUUAGUAAAUUCAGACACACAACUCAUAGACAUUGACAAAUCUCCAGUGGAUAAUCGGAGUGAUGACGAGGAUAUUGAGAUAGAUAAAGUUUUAGAAUUAUUUGAAGAAGAACAACAACAAAAAAAAGAACCAGAACAAAAGCAAGAAAAUAAAAAAAUAAAAUUUCAAUAUGACAAUAAGUUGAUUCAACAAUUCCAUUCUAUUCAAAAACUCUCUAAGUUUGUAGUUGGAAAUCCAUUCCAAUCAUCAAGAAAUCAAUGCACAACACAAAAGAUUUUUAGUGGUGAUUGCAUUUAUUGCGAUGGAGAAGUAGACUUUAAUUUAAAACAUGAAUGUAUUGUUAAUGGAGCUACUUUCAAAGUUCAACUAACACCAUUAAUUAAUACGAUAGUUCAUAUCAAUGGAAGUAUUCCAAAAGAAUUAAUUCUGUGGGCAUCUACUAAGAAUGUUCCUAUUGUUAACAAGGAUUGGUUAAUAGAAUGUUUAAAACAAAAGAAAAGAGUUGACUUUAAACAAUAUUUAGUUAAUGAAAAUAAAAUAAAUGAAACGAGAAAACAUAGUAUUGAUUUAAGUAGUGAUGAUGUCUUACGUUUGUUUAAUAUUAUUUAAUUAAAAUUAUAUAGAUAAAUCAUUCACUAUAAUAGCAGAAAAAAGAGGUAUAUGAAAAUUUAUUAAAAUGAAUUGUAUUUCUUUCUAAUGAUAUUAAAAUUAAAGCAAAGAAUGUGCUUAACAAUAAUAAAUAGUUAUUUUGAAACCUUUUUAUGUUUAUUAUAAAUACAAUCCACCAAAAUUAGUUCAAUUAACAAAAUAAAUAAACAUCUUUUAAAGAAUACUAUUACAAAGAAUUAAACACAAUUGUAUUUAACUAAUAAGUAGUUAAUAUAAAUAAUAUUCCAAUAAUACACUAUAAUACCUAACAAAAAAACGAAUGAACCUUUUUAAAAACUUAUUUAGAAUUUAUUAGAUACAAAAUAAAUUCAAUCAAUCAAAAUAAGUAUGAUAUUAACUAUAAUCAUCAAUAUCAUACUCCUCAUUAGCAACUGGUAGUGGAAUAUAUUUUGGUACUUCUAUAUUUCUUAACAUGCAAUAAUCUUUUAAAUUCAUUGCUUUGAUUUCAUCAACUUUACCAGUAGUAGAUCUUUGAAUAAUAGCAAUAAACCCUUUUCCUUCAGACUCAUUUUUGAUUAAUGAUGGGUUUUUAAGAAGCUCUUCAUUAAGUUCAAUCAAUUUACCACUACAUCCUGCAUAAAUUGGAUAUUCAACACCAUCAGCAGUAAUUUUGACAAUAACUGUUUUUGAUUUAAGUUUAAUUG